UUCAUUUCUCUCCCUGCAGCUCAGGAGGAGUGAUCCACUCAGCAUAUAUAAGCAGGAAGCCAAGGAGGGCAGGAUGACUCUGCUGGCAUCGGUUGCAGAGAGCUCGCCGAGAAGACUUGGAGGUGCUGAGCAAGGGGGAGCGCUCCCACCGGCUCGGACUACGUGACCACUCAUGUCUAAGGCCCACGGUUCUCGGCCAUAUCGGAGGCACAAUGUGGUUAUUCCCCGACAGCAACCAGAAAAAGAAAUGAAUUUUGUCCAGCAGCAGCCGCCGCCAUCUGACGCGGCAGCAAGGCAAAUGAUGUAUCCCCCAAACUGUCAGGUGGGAGUGCAGGAUCCGGUUUAUCUCGCCAAGGAGUUCAAUUUGCUGACACUGAACCCCCAGCAACUAGAAGGAAGCAGGCACCAACAGAUGGCAAAGGGCCCCGAGAAGAGCCUGUACAGCCAGUAUGAGCAGAAGGUGCGCCCCUGCAUCGACCUCGUUGACUCCCUGCGGGCGCUGGGCGUGGAGCAGGACCUGGCCCUGCCGGCCAUCGCCGUCAUCGGGGACCAGAGCUCGGGCAAGAGCUCCGUGCUGGAGGCGCUGUCGGGGGUCGCCCUCCCCAGGGGCAGCGGAAUCGUGACCCGGUGCCCGCUGGUGCUGAAGCUGAAGAGGGAUCCGCACAAGGCGUGGAGGGGGAGGAUCAGCUACCGCAAGACGGAGCUGCAGUUCCAGGACCCCUCCCAGGUGGAGAAGGAGAUCCGCCAAGCUCAGAACAUCAUAGCUGGGCAGGGACUUGGCAUCAGCCAUGAGCUCAUCAGUCUUGAGAUCACCUCCCCUGAGGUCCCCGAUCUGACCCUCAUUGACCUCCCCGGCAUCACCAGGGUGGCUGUGGGAAAUCAGCCCCAGGACAUCGGAGUGCAGAUCAAGGCACUCAUCAAGAAUUACAUCCAGAAGCAAGAGACGAUCAACCUGGUGGUGGUCCCCUGCAACGUGGACAUCGCCACCACGGAGGCGCUGAGCAUGGCUCAGGAGGUGGACCCCAAUGGAGACAGGACCAUAGGAGUCCUGACCAAACCAGAUCUAGUGGACAGGGGCACCGAAAAGACCGUGGUGAACGUGGCGCAGAACCUCACAUACCAUCUCCAGAAGGGCUACAUGAUAGUGAGGUGCCGGGGCCAGGAGGAGAUCACAAACCAGCUGAGUCUGGCCGAGGCAACCGAGAAGGAAAGGAUGUUCUUCCAAACACAUCCGUAUUUCAGAGCUCUCCUGGAGGAAGGAAAGGCCACGGUGCCCUGUCUGGCGGAAAGACUUACCAAGGAGCUCAUCUUGCACAUCAAUAAAUCGCUCCCGUUGUUAGAAAAGCAAAUAAGGGAGAGCCACCAGAGGGCGACAGACGAGCUGCACCAGUGUGGAGACAGCAUCCCCAGCAAUGAAGCCGAUAAGAUGUUCUUUUUGAUCGAGAAAAUCAAGUUGUUUAAUCAGGACAUUGACAAGCUAAUAGAGGGAGAAGAAAUCGUAAAGAAGAAUGAGACUCGCUUAUACAACAAAAUCCGGGAGGAGUUUGAACACUGGGCGCUCGUGCUCACGGCCAAUACCCAAAAAGUUAAAAAUAUCGUUUCUGAAGAAGUCUCAGUAUACGAAAAGCAGUAUCGCGGCAAAGAACUUCUUGGAUUUGUCAACUACAAGACAUUUGAGACCAUAGUGCACCAAUACAUCGAACAGCUGGUGGAGCCCGCGCUCACCAUGCUCCGGAAGACUAUUGAAAUUGUCUGGCAAGCUUUCACCGACACAGCCAAGAAACAUUUUAGCGUAUUUUCCAACCUCAGUCAAACAAUCCAGAACAAGAUUGAAGACAUAAAAACGAGGCAGGCAGAAACCGCAGAAAAUCUGAUCCGACUUCAGUUCAGAAUGGAGCAGCUGGUUUACUGUCAAGACCAGAUUUACAGCGUGGUUCUGAGGAAGGUCCGGAAGGAGGUUUUCAACCCAGCGGGAAAGGCUGCGCAGGAUCUUCAGUUGAAAUUUCCUUUCCCGAAAGAUCUGCCUUCGAUGUCAUCCAAUGAUGAGAUCGGGGUGCACCUGAAUGCGUAUUUCUUGGAAACCAGCAAACGCCUCGCCAACCAGAUCCCAUUCAUAAUUCAGUAUUUUGUGCUCCAAGAGAACGGCAGUUGCUUGCAGAAAGCCAUGAUGCAGAUACUACAGGAGAGAGAGCAGUACUCCUGGCUGCUUCAGGAGCACGCCGACACCUCUGCCAAGAGGAGAUUCCUCAAGGAGAAAAUUUACCGGCUGGCUCAGGCGCGGCGCGCACUCUACAUGUUCUUCAGUUAAAGGGGGCAGGUCCAUGGAGGGGCAGCAAUGCUUUGGGGGGGGCGGUUUCUUAUGUGCCUUCCCUGUGAAGGGGACAAGAAGUGGCUUUUCAUGUGGAACCAGGCUUUCCUGCUCUCGCCGGUGUCCAUUUUCAUUGUACUGUGCUCAGCACCAGAGUUUGUAUCUGAAGUCCGCACUCACUUGGGGCUGUCACCUCUGACCUCCCCGAAGAGGUGGCUCUGAGUCCUUGAGCCUUCUCAAAUACUGCUCUCAUUCUUUGUUAGAUUGUAGGACCCCAGAGGGGUGGGGAGUCAGGAUCCUACUGUUCUUUGGCAUUUCCAGGAUCUUGCAUGGCACCUGGUACACAGGAGCCCCUUAAUAAAUGGUAUCUCGCUGAACAAAUGAA